UGAUACUCAAUCAAACACUUCACAUUAAACAACAGAAGAAAAAGUCAAACGCAAAAAACUUAUGUAAGGCUUGGAUCAGAAUUCAGAACAGAAGAAGAGGAAGACUACAAUGGCCUCUGUUUCUUUCACUCUCUUUUCCUUUCUCCCUUUUCUCUGUGUCAUCGUAAUCAUAUCACAGAGCAGUGCUCAAACACCCUGUGAUAACAGCAAAGGAAACUACACAAUAAACAGCACCUAUCACAACAACCUCAACACCCUUUUAUCCAGCUUCUCUUCCCACACACAAAUCAACUAUGGUUUCUACAAUUUCUCAUAUGGCCAAGGGGAGGACCAAGUAUUCGCCAUUGGGCUCUGCAGAGGCGAUCUUAAACCCGAUGAGUGCCUUAAAUCUCUCAAUGAUUCCAGAGUGUCUCUGGCAGCGAGUUGUCCAAACCAGAAGGAGGCCAUUACGUGGACGGUAGAGUGCAUGUUGCGGUACACUAACCGCUCCAUAUUUGGCGUUAUGGAAAACCAACCUACGAAUGAUAACUACUACGAUUUAAAUGUAACGGGUUCGGUGGCAGAAUUCAAUGCAGCGCUGGAGAGCUUGAUGAGGAAUCUAACACGCAUAGCUGCAUCUGGUGACUCUCGCCUUAAGUAUGCCACUGGCAGUACUCCUGCUCCAAAUUUUCAAACCAUAUACGGUCAGGCACAGUGUACUCCUGAUCUGUCAUCCGAAGAUUGCACUAAGUGCUUGGAUGAAGCUGUCUCAAAAAUCCCACAGUGCUGUAGUGGGAAGGCUGGAGGCAAUGUUGUAAAACCCAGUUGUAGAAUUAGAUUUGACCCUUAUAUCUUCUAUGGACCUACGCUGAAACUAGACCCAGAUGUGCCACCAUCAUCGUCCACCAACAACACUUCUUCUUCACGAGGAAAGAGCAACACAGCACGGACUAUCAUCGUCAUAGUAGUGCCAGUUGCUUGUGUUGUUUUGCUGCUCGCUCUUCUCUGCAUCUAUUUAAGCCUAAGGAAACAAAGAAAAAAAAUUGAAUUUGAAAGAGAAGAAGAAAGUGAUGAAGAUGAAGUCGCAUUUACUGAGUCAUUGCAAUACAACUUCAACACCAUACGUGUUGCUACAAAUGAAUUCGCUGAUUCUAAUAAACUUGGACAGGGCGGGUUUGGAGCUGUUUACAAAGGUCAGCUUUCCAAUGGGCAAGAGAUUGCUGUCAAAAGAUUGUCAAGAGAUUCUGGGCAAGGGGAUUUGGAAUUUAAGAAUGAAGUGCAAUUAGUGGCCAAGCUUCAGCAUCGAAAUUUAGUUAGGCUACUUGGCUUCGGCCUGGAAGGAAGAGAAAGGCUACUUGUCUAUGAAUUUGUUCCUAAUAAAAGUCUUGAUUACUUCAUAUUUGAUCCAACCAUGAAACCUCAAUUGGACUGGCAAAUGCGCUACAAAAUCAUUAAAGGUAUUGCUCGAGGCAUUCUCUACCUUCACGAAGAUUCUAGACUACGGAUUAUACAUCGUGAUCUUAAAGCAAGUAAUAUUCUCUUGGACAGAGAGAUGAAUCCAAAGAUAGCAGAUUUUGGUAUGGCAAGAUUAGUUUUAAUGGAUCAAACUCAAAUAAAUACGAGUAGAAUUGUUGGAACUUAUGGAUAUAUGGCACCAGAGUAUGCAAUGCAUGGACAGUUUUCAGCAAAAUCAGACGUCUUCAGUUUUGGUGUACUGAUUCUUGAGAUUGUAAGCGGCCAGAAAAACAGUGGAAUCAAUAAUGGGGAGAGUAUGGAGGAUCUGCUAAGCUUCGCUUGGAGAAGCUGGAAGGAGGGGAAGGCUAUAAAUAUUGUAGAUCCAUCACUCAACAGCAAUUCACGGAAUGAAAUGCUGAGAUGCAUCCAUAUUGGUUUACUCUGUGUUCAAGAAAAUUUAGUUGACAGACCAACCAUGGCUACCAUUGUACUGAUGCUUAAUAGCCAUUCUCUGAGUCUCCCUAUUCCUGCAGAACCUGCAUUUUAUAUGAACAGUAGAACUAGAAGCUUUCCAGAGAUGCAGUCAUGGGAGUAUAAUUCAAGGGAAAGAGGAUCAAGUGAACCGAUACUUAAAUCAGCUCAAGAAUCAGAAAAUGAAGCUUCAAUUACUGAGCUAUACCCUCGCUAGAUGUUGUUCAUCAGAGUGGAUCUUUCAUCAUUCAUGUAUCUUCUCUUAAACCAAAAUACAAUGUAUUGGAAAGUGGAGUAAAAUGUGGGUGCAGUAUCUGGUUUAAAUAUGUCACCACACGUACUUUCUCUAAACCGAGACUGAAACCUGUGAUAUAACAUGAAGUGUGUGUCACUAUUA